ACUAGAUGCUAGUGAAUCUGCCGCAAGCAGCUAUUUGUUGUAACCGUAUUUUUGUAUCAUAUAAGGACUGUCUCUUAUAAGGCUGGGCUCCAGGAAGGUUGGAAGCGCCGAAGACGCGAUGCCGCAGUGAACAGGACUGCAUGGCCACGGUGACCUCGCCUUGACCGUGAUUGCCCCCUAAAGCUAUCAACUUGUAACCCUAUUCAACUUGUAUAUGGGGGCUCCUCGCGCUUUACACCGAUGAAGGCAGAGGCUCAGAAUGCCCGAGGUGGCCCCGUAAGACGGCAGCCCCCGGGAUACUGGACGGUAUUCACUCAGUGGUGGCACACUGAGUACGCAAGGACACAGCAGCGGCCAACUUCGCAGUCGAUUCAGAGGUGGUAUAACGCCUUCGCGCACCGGGUUUGGGGCGACAAGGCCGUUAGCUAUGAGGAGACGCAGCGGCAUGCAAAUCGGAUGAAGCCCAAGCGGGCCUUCGCCGUCAACCCACAUUACCUCGCCGCAGCCACCGCCGCCGCAACCGGGGCCCUUGAGUUUGAGGGCCACGACACGGCGAGCCCGCCCGUGAUCAAGCGUGAGCGUGAGUUACGGGACGACGAAGCGGAUGAGGAAGCGGAAGAGGACGACGAAGGUGACGGUGACGAGCCGGAGCAUUCCGGAUCGGCAGCUGACGAACUCCGACCAGCACGACCCUCGCCACGGCGGCGUGAGAGCGGCUCCGCCGGUGGCAGCGGCGACGCCGGCGGCAGCGGCGAUGGCAGUGCCAGCGGCAGCCGUGCGCCGUCCCCGUCAGACGGGCUCGACGCCGCUGCAGCCGCAGAUGCGACACCGCUCAAGCGCCGCAGCAGCGACGGCGCCGCCAUCACAGCCGCCGUCAGCGGUGGCGGCGGCCGCGGCGGCGGUAGCGGCGGCGCUGGCGCUGGCCGCGUCCGCGUCCGUGGCCGCGUCCGCAGCGGCGCAGCCUCGACGACGGCGCCCGUGAUGCCGCCUCCGCCGCCAGCGCCAGAGCCGCCACCGCGGCAUGCCGCCGCCGCCGGCACUCGCCGCUUCAGCCGCCGCUCCUCCGCCGCCGGCGCCGGUGGCGGCGGCGCCGCCGGCGCCAGCACCGGCUGCGACGAGGCGCAGGCGGGCCUGCCGGCGGCCGACGGCACCGAUGCAGCGACAGCGGCGGUGGCAGCGGCUGCCGCCGCCGCCGCCGCCUCUGGGUCCGGCCGCUUGCCUUUGCCCUCCCUCGGCACGCGUCGCAGCUCCGGAGGCACCCCCGUGCGGCCCGCUGGCCGCGGCGGCAGUGGCAAUGGCAGUGGCAGCUUCAGCGGCGGCCAGCCGCCGCCGCCGCCGCCGCCGUCGCUGAUGUUCGACAGUCACCACGUGCCCAAUCGCUUGACGCAGGUUACCCCCAGGGCCCCAUCCCACCCGCAACAGCAACAGCAACAGCACGCAGGCCCGAACGCGGACCUCGAGUGUGAGGAUGCUGCAGCUGCCGCCGGCGCCGCUGGUUCCGCCGCCGCCGCCAGCAGCGGCCGCUUCAGCCAGGGCCCUCCGCCGCCGUCGGCCAAGAGGUUGCGCCUGCUGGCCAGUCCCUCCGACCCGGAUGUCAGCAGCAUCGGCGGAGGCGGCGGUGCCGCCAUACCCCCGCCCCUCAGCGCCCGCGGCAGCAACCCCCUGCCAAGCUCCGCCGCCGCUACUGCCGCCACCGCCUCUGCUACCACUGCUACUGCCGCCACCGCCACCGCUACAGCCACCGCUGCUGCCGCUGCUGCCGCUGCUGCCGCUGCUGCCGCUGCUGCCGCUGCUGCCGCUGCUGCCGCUGCUGCCGCUGCUGCCGCUGCUGCCGCUGCUGCCGCUGCUGUUGGCCGCAGCGACAGCGGCACCGCGUUGCCUAGCGGCGGCGGCGGCGGCGGCGGCGGCGGCGGUGGCGGUGGCGCCGGCGCCGUGACGCUCGCGCGCCAGCAACUGCCGCCGCCGCUGCCUGCCGACUUGCGAAUCGCCUCCUCCUUCACGGCCCCGGCGGCGGCGCCGCCGCUGGCCGCAGCCGCCGCGGCGUCGCCGCCGCCGCCAUCACAGCAGCACCAGCUGCAGCUGCAGCUACAGCUGCAGGCGGCGGCGGCGGCGCCGCAGCAGCUGCCGCCGCCGCCGCCGAGCUGGCUGCUGCGUGACAACAGCGAGCUCAACGCGCUGCUGGAUGAGCUGGGCAUUAGCAUCAUGGUCCAGCAGCAGGGGGGUCAGGAGGAGCUGGGCAUUAGCAUCAUGGGCCAGCAGCAACAGCAACAGCAGCAGCAACAACAACAGCCAGAGCAGCAGCAGCAGCAGCGGAGCCCGCCGUACCUCCAUCAGCAGCACUUCGUCCGUAACGCCUACAGUUAUGAUGGCUCCUGGCAGCAGCACCCACACCAACCGCCGCACGCCGCGCUUGCCACGCAGCCCUCUCCCCUGCAGCGCGCCUCCUCGCACACGCCGGCGGCGGCGGCGCCGCCGCCGCCGCCGCUGCCGCCGCCAAUGUACGGAGCACCGGCCGCCGCGCCCGUGCAGCAGCAGCGCGCUGCAUCGCUGUACGGCUCGCCGUGCGGUUACGACCACGACAGUAUCAAGCGCGAGGAACAGCCAGAGCAGCAGCAGCAGCGGCACAUGUACGACUCAACAGGACCGGGCGGCAGCGGCGGCUCUGGCGGCGGCGGCGGCGGCUAUGACAGCGCCGCCGGUGGCGCAGGUGCCGGCUUCAGUGAGGAGCGGGUCCUGCAAAUGCACCAGCCGCAGCAACAAUACCAGCACCAGCCGCAGCAACAAUACCAGCAGCACCGCCGCUGGCAACCAGCGCCUGCUCAGCUGGACCGCUGGCAACCGGCGCCUGCUCAGCUGGACCGCUGCUGGAGCGCCCACCCGACUGCCGCCACGCGCACGCCGCCGCCGCCGCCGUUACACAACCCUAGCGCCCCCAGCCUUCCCUUUGCGGGCGUUAGCAGCGGUAUGGGGGGUGGUACGGUGCACUUGCCGUACUUCGCUGCCGGCGUUGGCGUCCGUGUCCGUGUGAACGUCAGCGUUGGCGGCGGCAGCCUGACCGGCGCCGGCGCCGGCGGCAGUGGCAGUGGCAGCGGCUUGUCGUCAUCGCCUGGCGGCGGUGGCGGCGGCAUCGGCGACAUCGGCGGCGGCAUUAGCGGCGGCGGCAUUAUUAGCGGCGGCGGCGGCAGCAUUGUUCGCCGCGGCGGCAGCGACUAUGGCUAUGUUGAGCAGGUGGGCCGCUUGGUGCCGGCAGAAGUGGCAGAAGUGGCAGGAGGCGGUGGGGGCUUGCGGCCAGGCACGUUGCUGCUUGGCAGCGGCACGCGCCGCCGCCUGUCACAAGAGGCGGCGCUGCAGCCGGAAGCGGCCGCGGCAGCUAUGGCUAUGGGUAUGGCUGCCGCUGCCUCACCGUCUGCUGCUUAUCACGGGCCCACCACUGCCGCCGCCCGUCACUACCACAAGUACCAGCACCAGCAGCAGCACCACCAGCACCAGCAGCACCAGUACCAGCACCAGAACUGGCAGCACCAGCACCAGCAGCACGGGUCGCCUGAACACCGCCCAGGCGGCGUACAGUGGCAGCAGGACGGCUACGGCGCGGCCGCUCGAGAUGCCAGCAGAGGUGCUGGAGGGAACGGCGGCGGCCAGCCCUGGCAGCGGCAGGCGCCCUUCAACGGAGAUGGCUCCGUCGCCGUCGCCGCCGCCGCUGCAGCUGCCGGCGGCUACCGGAGCAGCAUCAGCAGCCUCCACGGCCUCUACUAAGCUCAGAAGCAGAGCCGUAGCAGCCCUAGCAGGCUCCAUAACAGACUCCGUCACAGCCUUAUGCAGACUUCUUAACGGCACUAGCAGCAGCAGUAGCAGCCGGACCGUGACCGCCGCCGCAUUCGGCUGCUGACGCCGCAGUACAGACCCACCUCUGACACGCACACGACUCCACUUCCAACGCACAUGACUGCACACGCAUGCUGGCCGCUCGGCCUGGGGGAACCCACCCAGCACCAGCCGCCGUCGGCGCCGCCCGCCGCCGUCGGCCUUACUUCCCAAAAUCAGCAAUGGCGGCAACGAACUGGAGGUAUAACGAUGAUAGUGACGGCGUGGCGUUGGGACUAGCAGCGCAGCAGACAUACGCAGCUGCAUUCGCUGAGAUACUUAGACUUACAUACAUGGCCGGGCAAAGCGUGCGCAGCCGUGUGCGGUGGGCGGCGGCAUAAUAAGUUCUGACGUGGAUGGGCAGAUGGGUGGGUGGGUGGAGGGCUGGUCUGGAGGAUGUAUGGGUGUUGGGGUAGUCUAAAACUCGAUAAACUGGGCAUUGGCUGUGUGAUAUGUCGGAGGGCGGAGGAUCGACCGCACUCAUCAGGAGAUAGGCGCAGAGUGAUGGCCGGGCGCGUGCUUUAGAGAGGGCCUGCUGCUGCUCUGAGAGAGAGACGGCUGCCCACGGAGCAACGAGCCAAGGCACACGCCCGGUGGCUGGGGAAGCCGCCGUCAAGGCAGAUAGCGCUGUGUUGCUUGCUGGCUGAUGGCGUCCAGGUUCACCACAUUGACGAGGGAUUGACUUUGCCGGCUUUCAGAGAGCCUGUGAUUUCGUGAGGCUGUCAUACGCUUCAGGUUUCUCAGGUGGCAAUAUUCCGCAUCCCGCCAUCGGCCAUUUUGUUUGCAUCCCACAUCUAUACUUGUUGCCAUCUGUUGAACCUUGGUGGCUUGAUGAACAUGUACGCAUUUUCGCAUGGAGACUGUGCAACCUACCCUAAUUGCUUCCCGCCUUGUCCUGCACACGGUCUUUGAGUGGUAGAGCGGGCGUGCACGUGCCAACUGCUGAUGUGGCGACUGCUCUCAUUUCGUUUCACAUAUGAUCAUGUUCACGGUAUGAAUAAAAUGUCCACGCUGCGUGCCACCCCAAUCGCAUGAAUUGUGUGCUAUUGCACCUGGGAAGCUCGCUUUCUUGGAUGGAUUGACAAACUUUUGAUGAAAGGCAGGGGUUAUGCUGUGCAAAAGUACGUUUUAGUCGGCGGAUACGGGAUAGGUGAGCACUGUACCUACAGAUUGACAAGGAGGGAGAAGAGGGAAGCUGCGGCUUUCACAACAAGCUCUAGGCAGACAUAGAGACAUAUGGGCGGCAUGGGUAUUGGUUGUGGCCUGAGGGCAAGAAGGAGCGCCGGUGGAGGCGGUUUGGUAAGGCUCUGUUGGCGGAGGCAAGGCCAUGAGCUCCUGAGCAUUGGAUUUUGUCAGAUCGGGUGGUGGUGGUGAUGGUGGUGAUGGUGGUGAUGGUGGUGAUGGUGGUGAUGGUGGUGAUGGUGGUGAUGGUGGUGAUGGUGGUGAUGGUGGUGAUGGUGGUGAUGGUGGUGAUGGUGGUGAUGGUGGUGAUACGGGGAUGGGUCAGGCGUUUGAGCGUCAGAAAACAGGCGCGAGCAUUGGGGUUGGACAUUUUGAUUCAUGCUGACAAGGCAUGUUUCAGUCCUUCCCUUUGACGCUCGCUCGCUCGCCAGGGGCCUCCGCGAGGCGGCACCGCAUAUGGGUUCUUGGAUUGAUGCGUGGGUGCCUUGACGCUUGCUGAAUGCUAAGCAGUGUUACGGAUGCUUAUGGCAUUUAUGUUCUUACUACUGGUGCGCAACCCUGGACCGAUUGGCUUCUGUGCUCGUUCACACUCUGCACAGCGCUGCAGUGGGCCAGUUGUAUGAUCGGGCGCGAAUGCCUUGUUUGUCGGCCGGCUGCAAGGCUCUAGGGAGAGAAGUGGGUAAGGAUGCAGUGGCAGUUUGGUGUAGUCCCGUGGUGUGGCGUAGUCAUAUAGUGUGCAGCGUGUUCUUAGACUCCAACAAUUAAGCAGCAAGCAAUCAAGUUGCACCGACAAGGCGCGAGCGCGCGGCUGGUAGAAUGCCAGGGUUACUGUACUGAGGUGUCGCCGUCGCUGACUUCGUUGGACAAGGGGCUCUGAGAUGUAAACGGUGUAAACAAACUCGCCC